UAGCAGUGAAUAAUGAAACAAUAAAAGGAAAGGUUCUCUAAGAUCAAGGCAUUUCCUAUAGAAUGGCCAGCUUUUGAAAGGCUGGCAAGAAAGGCAAAAGGACUGAAGUGACAGAAUUAAUCAUCACUUCCAAACUGCUGCCAAAGCCAGUUUUCUCUAUCACGAGAGAAGGAAGCAAAACCUGUUGGAGAAACGAUAUGUCUUAAUAAAUCAGCAUUAGCUUUUGCGAGAGGAAACCAGCUAAGGCCGGAGAAAAACAUUAUCACCCAGUUUGUGCACGAUGUGUCAGAUGCAGUCAGAUGUUUGCAGAAGGAGAAGAAAUGUAUCUGCAAGGAACUUCCAUUUGGCAUCCAGCCUGUAGACAGGCAGCCAAGACUGAAGAAAAAGGCAAGGAAACUAGAACCUCCUCUGAGAGUGUUAUUUCCAUUCCUGCGUCAAGUACAUCAGGUUCCCCAAGCCGUGUGAUCUAUGCAAAGCUUGGAGAUGAAAUUCUUGACUACAGGGAUUUGGCUGCUCUUCCUAAAAAUAAAGCCAUCUAUAACAUUGACCGCCCAGAUAUGAUCUCCUAUUCUCCAUAUAUCAGUUACUCUUCAGAUGACAGGCAUAGUUAUGGGGAGGGUGACCAAGACGAUAGAUCUUUCAAACAGUAUAGGACAUCAAGUCCGAGUUCUACUGGAUCUCUGGGUUAUGGUCGCUACACUCCAACAUCCCAUUCUCCUCAGCAUUACAGCAGACCAGCUGGUACUCAGACUCUUGGUACCAGUAGCUGCAUCUCCCUGUCCCAACACCCAAGCCCUACAUCUACAUUCAGACAUCAUUACAUCCCUUUCUUCAAAGGAAGUGAAAGUGGUCGGAGCACGCCAAGCUUAUCCAUGUAUUCAGACAGCAAGUCUUCGCCGUCUGCCUAUCAGCAGGCCCCUAGGCAUUUCCAUAUUCCAGACACUGGAGUAAAAGAUAACAUCUAUAGGAAACCCCCUAUCUACAGACAGCAUGUAAGAAGAUCAGAGGGGGAGGAUGGAAGUUUUGAUCAGGACAAUAGGAAGCUAAAGACCAGUUGGCUGAUUCUGAAGGGGGAGAUGGACACCAGAACUAAUUCUCCAGAUUUGGAUACUCAGUCACUGUCGCACAGUCCUGGAACUGACAGAGAACAGCUCCGACAAAUGCAAGAGACUACACCCACUGUAUAUUCAAGAUUCCCUUAUGCCAAAUCUGCUUCUCUUCCCGGCUAUGGAAAUAAUGGAUUGCACCAGACAGCAAGUAUGGGCCAGUAUGAAACAGACCAAGAUUCCAGUUGGGGGACAAGAGAAUACAAGGUAAGAAGUGCCAUGCCAACACUGGGAGAAUGUUCAGAUUCACCUCUUCCUAGCAAGAUCUAUCCUUAUGAAACGCUUAUUGUAACAAACCGAAUUCGGGUGAAACUGCCAAAGGAUGUGGACAGGACCAGACUGGAGAGGCACUUGUCUCCUGAAGAGUUCCAGGAAGUCUUCAAAAUGACCAUUGAAGAAUUUGAUCGUCUGGCACUUUGGAAGAGGAAUGACCUAAAGAAAAAGGCUCUACUUUUCUAACCCCUCUCAGAGAGAAGAAAAAAUCAUGUGAUUAAAACAAAAAAUGUCUUGCUAGAACUAUCAUAUGCAGUUACUGUUGAACCAUUAUCCAGCAUAAUUGUGUUAGUGGAUGUGGCAGGGAAACAAAGGAAAGGAUUAUAUGACAGCAUAUUGAUAUAGAGGUAACUUGCUGACAUUGCAUGACUGGCUGGUUCUGUCAGUAGCUCCUGGUCCUAGCCAGUUUACAACAUACAAAAAUCUAGCUUUAAAUUAAUUGUUGCUUAUGGUUAUUGCUUGAUGCAAAAAGGAAAAUUUGAAAGGGAAAAGAAAGAAAGGUAGCUGUGACAAAAAUCCAUCUAACAUUUCAUUUCAAUAAGUUUUACAAUAAUGAUGACACAUGACUAAUAAACAUAACAUUCUCCUAUGGGGGGAUAAUAGGCUAUUUUUUAGAAAAUGUGGUAAAGGCCAAAGAAAAGCAUUUCAGCAAGUACUUAUUGCAACUCUUUUUGUGUGGUACUUUUUAGGAAUGAAAGCAAAACUAUCAAAGCACCUUAAAUCUAGUUCUUAUACUUUCGAUGGAAGCUAUUCUAUAAAACGUCAUGUACAUCUAAAUGGUAACUAGUUAUCUUCAAUUACAACACAGAGUUUUUAUUUUAUUACAAAAUGUAUUGUGACAAAUUACAGUUAUAAUGACUGAAGCAUAUAAAGAGACCUACUUUAAAAAAGUGUAUGUCCCAUUCAUCAGGAAAACUAAAGCCUUAUACAAAACUGGUCCAAGGGUGUAAAGUACCAGUUAUUUGUGUUUUACUAAUCUUUUGGGGAUUUUUUACAUUUCAUGCUGAUACAAAUACCAUGAAAUAUUAAUUCUUUAUAUAUAUUUAUCUUCAUAUAAAAUAAUAUUGUUUUGUAAAUAUAUGUUAAAGCCUAAAGGCAUACUUAUUUCCUUUCCUCUUUGGCUUUCCUUUUUAAGCCUUGAGAACUAUGGUGGCAAUUUGGUAGCUGUGGAAUAGUAGUGUUCAGCAUAAAAUGUAACAGAAAAACUACUCACAAAAAAGCUUGGUGUGCUCUAUCAAUAAUUAUCAAAUGAUAACCAAAUAUAACUAUUAUGAAAACCCUUGUUUAUUAAUAUUUGCAUGUUUCUUUACAAAUCAAAUAAUAAACCUAUGUAAUAUUGGUGCCGCACCUUGAAACUAUCUUAAAUAACAAAUAAAGUUAACAAAAUAUACGUGUUUGAUAUGAACAUUAGGUAUUAAGAUUAAUUCCAGCUGAUGGACAGUGUUCAAUUUAGUGAUUUCAUAUGAUCAAAAAUAGAGUUGCUGAUGAAGAAUGUUUUUAAAGUGAAUUGCUAGUUUUAUGUGAUACUAAAAGAGCAUUUAAAAUACAUUUUUCACCCAUAUGUCAGCGUUCUGCAUUUUUUACUGCCUUGAAUGUUUGUACUCAUCUUCUACAUCAAUCUGUCUUUUUCAUUUCCUUAAAGUAAUUUAAUAUAUGCACUGCUUCACACUAGUUCAACUGGUCCAAUGAUGGAGAAAUUGUAGAGUUGAACAUGCCUUCUUUCAAUUAACAUUCAGAAUUCAUGCUGUUGGAAAUAUAUAUUUUCUCAUGACCUAAAUGUUUUGUCUGAUAAUACGUAUGUCUAGAAAAACCAUUAAAAGAAAGACAUAGCUCAUUAAAUGUGCUAAUUGAUUUAAUAUAUAUAAUUUCACCCUGUAAUGUUGCUACAGGUCUUAUUGCCCUUGAUACUGAUAUGUCACUCUUAUUAAACUUAUAGGGAGUUAUGUUCACACAUUGAGGAGAGAAGAUUCUCCAUAAUACUUGAACACAGAACUGAAUUCUUCAGUUAUUUUUCCCACUGAAGUCAAUAGGGGGUAUAGACUUGUAUCUGCACCCAUUGGGUGAAAUGCACUCCUGUUCAGAAUGACCACCUAACCCCCUUUGCACAAAUCCUUAAAAUAAGGGUUAAGUGGCCCUUCCGUAGAGUCUGGACCCUGCAGGCCUUCUAUACUGAUAUGAAUUUCACUCAUAGUGAUAUUGUAAGUCUUUUACUAUACUGCCUUAAAAAGCCUUUUUUAUAUUUUCAUUACACAGCUAAUUUGAAUUGUUCUUUAGUAAAGAUAUUUUGUGUGCCACGUGGAUAAUCACUCACUUUCUAAUGAGCCUCUUAUUUGUUCAUUUUACACUGCCAGAACUGUUAAACCAGAUUUAUUGUGCGCGAAGCUCUGUCUAAACCCUGCAGAUCAAAUCUCUGAUUGCAGUAAUGUGGACACACCUAUGCUUGAAUCUAGUAAGCUUGUUAAAACAGCAGUGAAGAUGUGCUGGCACAGGCUGUACUAACCUAUCCAGCCCCCCAGGCUGGGUACUUGGAUUGCUUGCCUGCAGGUAGCAUGGGUUGGUGGACCCUUGGGGUACAUCUAGACUACAGGCUUUUGUCAACAGAAGUU